GCCCCCUAACGGCCGGCGGAGCUGUGGACGUUAGCUGGAUAAAAAGGUGAAGAUGGAGCCGAUGUUCAGUCCGCCGCUUCACAGGCAGAGACAUCAGUUUGUCAUCGAUUUUGUCAAGAGGAACAAACCCAAAAAGGUGGUGGACUUGGGGUGUAGUGAGUGUAUCCUCCUUAAAAAACUCAAGUUUCACCGUGAAGUUGAACUUCUGGUCGGAGUGGACAUCAACGGGACCAAAGUCAGAAAGAAGAUGUACGGAUUAGCGCCUAUAUCCACCGACUAUCUGCAGCCCACCUAUGAUCAGCUGCGCAUUGAGCUGUACCAGGGCUCCGUCACACACAAAGACGCCCGCGUCAGAGGAUUUGAUCUGGUGACCAGUAUAGAGCUCAUAGAGCACCUGACUCUUGCUGAUGUGGAGCGCUUCUCUGAGGUGGUGUUCGGUUACAUGACCCCAGCGGCGGUUAUCGUCAGCACCCCAAACUCUGAUUUCAACCCACUUCUCCCCGGGCUGGCGGGUUUCAGGCACCGUGACCACAAGUUUGAGUGGACCAGAGCAGAGUUCAGAUCCUGGGCUCUGAAGGUGUGUUUGGAGUUCGGUUAUGAGGUGGAGCUCACUGGUGUUGGACAGGCCCCCUCAGGCCAGCAGGAGGGAGUCGGCUUCUGCUCUCAGAUCGGGGUGUUUCACCGGCUCGGGGGGAGAGAUGGCUGCCACAUGUCGCUUGGUGACGAGGUAGAGGAUGUCUUUUCAUACACGCUGCUGUACAGUGUAAACUAUCCCAGCCUGCAUGACAGCAACAUCUUGGGGAGGGUCCUGGUGAGCGAGGUGUUAUAUUGGGCAGAAAAGCUAAAGGGUAAAUGGAAGGAGGAGAUGACUGGAGAGGGGAAUGGCGCCCACACACUGCGUCAGCCUGAGGGAGGAGAGGGAUGUGUCUCAGAGCGAUGCACGGAGGUGGAAGAGAAGCAGACAGCGUGUGGCGCAGAGAAGAGAAAUCUAGUGGAGCAGUGUGGGAAAGGUGCCUCAGAGGAUCAGGAAGAAGAGGAUGAAGAAGGGUUUUGGACAAAUGGCGAGAAACGACAAGAUUCAUCCACAUUGCGCAGGUCUGUGUCUGUACCUCUGGAUGUGCUGUGGUCCUGCUGUCCCAAAGUCAGUGCCCUGAGUGGAAGUCUCGGUAAUCUCAGACGUCUCCUGAUGGAUGAUCCCCAAGUUAAACUGAGCCAGGACGGUGCUGCUGUGCUUGUAAAUGACCAGGAACUAGACUUUGAAGAGGAGGAGGAGGAUCAUAAUGAUCUGGGGGACAGCGGGUAUGCAGAGCUUGGGCAGCGCUCCCACACUGCCGAACAAGAGGAAGACUGGGAGGCAAAUGUUGAUCUGGAGGAUGCAGCUUUGUUUACAGGACAAUAAAAUCUAUCAGGAAGCUGAAUUGGACACGAACACAGGAGGGCACUGUUGUGAAGUUGACCGUUCACGGACUGAUCGGGUUAGACACAGUGCUGAUCCGAUAACGAGCUGUAGGAAUGGAGAUCGAAAUGGACACGGCCUUGUUACCGAUUUUUGGAUGUCGAGCAGUGUCAGUCCAUCACUAAGGGGCUGCAGGUCUAACGCUUCAUCACCACCUGCUCGUACGCUCCAGCACCAACCCUAGGAGGGAGAAAAGAUGGAAUUAGCAUUAUCAUAUGUAAUGACAGACUUGGAAAUUACAGACGAAAGCUCAUGCUAAAAAGCUGAUGUUAAAAUGUUUCUUAAACUGCACCAAACCAGGAGACCAAAUAAGGAAUAAGUCUGGUGAUAUUCUCUCUUUUUGUUGUCAACAAAUCCAAAAAAAGAGCAAAACCAACAAUGAAUUGAUCUUACUAACAAGUAUUGUCCAUGUACCCAAAGCCUGUCACUAUAGUUUAUUCAUAUUACUGAUAUUUGUCCAAAAACAAUUAAAAACACAUCAUAGAGCCGCACCUUUGCAAUGGGUAACAUAAAUAUGCACUGUUUA